AUGGUAGGAAAUGGAUUUAUUGUCCUAACCAAUUGCAUUGACUGGUUCAAAAGCUGGAAACUAUCCCCAGCUGACCUGAUCCUGACCUGUCUUGGCUUGUCCAGACUUGUGUGGCUGAUGGUAGUGAUUCUGGAAGAAAUUCUGCAUUUCUUUUAUCCAAGCAAUCAUAUUUGGAAUGUCAUGUAUUUACUGCUUCCCAUCGUCUGGAUUUUUACAAACACUGCUAGUAUCUGGAUUGCAACCUGGCUAAGUGUUUUCUACUUUGCAAAGAUCUCCAUGUUCUCCCACCCUAUUUUCCUCCAAAUGAAGCAAAGAAUCUCUAGACUUAUACCGUGGUUGCUUCUGGGCUCAAUCAUCUUCUCUGCUAUCAUGACAAUUACUGUACUUGCAGGCUUGAACAAUGAUUUGUCCAAAUGCAACCCCUACAAAUCAUUUUUGAGCACCAAUGAUUCAAAAACUAAAAUGGUUGACUCCUGUAGAAGCAUGGAUAUUCUAGCUACUGCCCCAGAUUCCAUUCCUUUUCUGAUAUUUUUGUCAUCAUCCAUCCUGCUAAUAACGUCUAUGUGGAAGCACACAAGACAUAUGCAACACAAUGGAACUGGUGUCAAGGAUUUCAACACGCAAGUUCACCUGACUGCCAUUAAAGUUCAAGUUUCCUUCAUUGUUCUAUAUCUGUUUGGUUUUCUAGCAAUUACUUUGCAAGCAAUACUAACCUUGAAAAAGAAAUCUUCCAAAAUUAUCAUCCAAGAAUAUGGGUAA